CUACUGAAGCUUUAAGUAGGCCCACAAUACUUUGAGUACAUGUACUUAGUUACAUCCUGACUAUUCAGCAUGUGAGUCUGGGCCCAGUGUGAAUGCCACGUCUUAGAGGAGCAAUGAUGUAAACCGAGAAGACAUAUCGAUUAUUCAUCGUUUUCUUUGUGUGUCUGCAGUUUGUUUUCCUACCUACCUCAGAUAAAAUGAGGUAUUGCAUACCGUUAUUAGAACAAUCCCUCCUGUACUGUAUAGAUUGCAUGAACGGAGCCCUGCAGGUGGUUUUUAACAAGCCACUAGAAUUAUACCAGAAGAAGGAUUUUUAUGGAAGUAUGUUUUUUCACCUAUUUGUGAAUGGGAAGUAAAACCUGCAUUGGGAUUUAAUGCCCCCCCCUCUAUGCAUUGUUAUUUUCUCUAUUAGUGUGGCAGAAAUUUGUGGCAGCAACAUGGGAUUACAUUUCUCAACUGAACACUACAAAGCAAAACCCGAUCCGCUGCUACAGUAUUACGUAACAGCCGGUGACAUAACUCCCUCCAGCCUGGGACGGUCAGGGCGCACGGAGAGAGCGCAGGGAGGGAGGGAGGAGGGGGGAGAGACCGGGGCGCACGGCCGGUCCAGCUGCACUCUCUCCUCUCUAGCUGCCUCGGGGGGAAUUAAAUUAUUUCAAAACAACCACACAAGAGGAGGUGUACUGUUGGAACAAAAAGGGAGACUGACAGAGAGUGGUAUGAAGAUGAAGACGACCGAGGUUUGGGUCCCUCUGUGAGGACAGAAAGGAGGCGAGAUGGCAGUGCAUGUUUUCAAAUGCCUGCGCCGGCCUGGGCGCUAGAACAACCCAACAGGUGUGUGAGUGUGCAGGGCCACCCAGUGUUUUGACAGGAGAGUUAUGGAAUAUGAGGAGCCCAACGUGCCCCCCGCUGACAACUCCAUCAAAACAGGAGGAGCCGUGUCCAAGAAGACUCAUUUGACCCAGAUUGAAGUUAUCCCAUGUAAGAUCUGCGGUGAUAAGUCCUCUGGAGUGCAUUAUGGAGUCAUCACUUGUGAGGGCUGCAAGGGAUUUUUCCGGCGCAGCCAGCUGCCUACUGUUUCCUACUCCUGCUCCAGGCAGAACAACUGUCAGAUCGACCGGGCCAGCCGCAACCGCUGCCAACACUGUCGCCUGCAGAAGUGCUUAGCACAGGGCAUGAGCAGAGAUGCCGUGAAGUUCGGACGGAUGUCCAAACGUCAGCGGGACUCUCUGAUCGCCGAAGUGGAGAGGCACCGACAGCAGCAGCAGCAACAGCAGCAGCUCCAAGGAGACGCCCAGUCUCUCUUGUCCUUCCCCACCAAGUCCCGUCAGGACCGCUCCCCGCAGCUCCUUCAGCCAAUGGCCUCAGCCUACUCCUUCACCGGGGAGGCCGAGCUACUGUCCUACACUGCUGAUGUCCACCCUUACCUGGUGUGCUCCCCGAACGAGUCGCAGGUGUCUGGUAUGAUCUACCGAGGCUCCGGUGUUUCUCCCACAUCGAGAUCCCAGGGGAGGGGGGACAACGGCGGACACCCAGACGUCAGAGGAUUUGACUCCAGACAACCAUCUCAUGAUCUGAUGGCGAUUCAUCCCUACAACCCUCUGGAGGAUCCUUAUAGCCUCUACCCUCACUCUCUGAGAAACAUAGAUGAGCUGUGUGCCAGCAUUGUGCGCUCCCACAGAGAGACCAGCCAGUACAGAGUGGAGGAGCUGCAGGCUCUAAGAUGGAAACUGCUCAGCAGAGAGGAGAUCCAAGCCUACCAGAGCAAAUCGGUGGAUGAGAUGUGGCAGCACUGCGCCAUACGGCUGACUGAUGCCGUGCAGUAUGUGGUGGAGUUUGCAAAACACAUCCCAGGUUUCCGUAUGCUCAGCCAGAACGACCAGAUUGCUCUCCUGAAGACUGGCUCCAUGGAGGUGGUUCUAGUCCGGAUGAGUCGCUUCUUCAACACAGAGAACAACACCGUCUUCUUCGAUGGGAAAUUUGCAGGAGCUGAAGUCUUCAAGUCUUUGGCAUGUGGAGAUUUAAUCGCAGCAGUGUUUGACUUUGCUCACGGUAUGUGUGCUCUGAAACUCACCGAGCAGCAGAUCGCUCUCUUCAGUGCACUGGUGCUGAUAAACACAGAUCGUCCAUGUCUGGAGGACAGAGGCAGAGUUCAGCGAGUGCAAAGAAGCGUGGAGUUUGGACUGACACACAUUCUCCACCGAGACAACCAAGAAAGUCUAAUGCACAAGCUGUACCAGACGAUGGCAGUGCUGCGUUCACUGUGCAGUCUGCACAUGGAGAAGCUGCGCUGGUUCAGUCAGCGGUACCCGCUCACCGCUCACUCUCUGUUCCCACCUCUCUACAAGGAGCUGUUCGCCUCCGAGGCGGAGCUGCUGCCGGGGACCACUCACUGAUGAUUCACUAUGCAAAGACACACAUUGUUUUAAGUCUCGUCAUUACUCCCUGACAGAAUUUAUUUUUCUAAUGAUGAAAACGAGCGAGAAAAGCACAGUAAUCGUAGCGUGUUAAGUAUUACAUGAAUUCCGUCAGAGCUCUUUGGUAGAUUGUGUCAAACAGAAAUUUCAAUAUUUUGAUAGCUUUAAACUAUUUUGAUUAUUCCAGGGAAACAUUGCAUUUUGUUGUUGUUGUUUGACAGCACAUUGUCGGUGAGGUACAGCAUUCAUUUUCUCUCAGGAGGUGCUAUUAUGAGUUAUAGUUACUGUUUCUGUUACAGUGCGUUCGAACAAAGAGAUUCAAAGAGGCAGGACACUGAUUGUUGUCAACUGAAGCUUUGAAAUGGUAGUCCACCCAAAAUCUAUCUUUACAGUAUAAGACUUUCAGUAGAAUUAAAAGGUGACUUUGUAGCUUGCAUAAUAUAUAUGUACAAAUAGAAAAAUAAGAUAAAAAAAGACAGAAAGAAUCAUCCAGUAACAACAAACGUGCAGGCCGAGCCAAAAAAAACAAGAGGCGUAUCAUCAAGCGUCUCCCUUUGAGAAAUAAACAUCACAUUCCAGCAGCAAAAUAACAA